AUGAUCGAUGAGUAUUGGGCCAACGAGGACUUUGAGGGCGUUGGUAAGAAUAACUUUUCCGUUAGUAUCAUCGUAACCUUAAAAUUUAACUUUUUUUCAGAAAUCCGCGAAGUACCUUUGAAGCUUCAUCCUGGCGAUUGGUUUAGCCAAAACAUUGCCCUUGGCUUCAAUCUGAUCUUCUCGGAUCUGAAUCCUGAUCUUGUCAUCGUCGAUCACAGUGCCAGUUGUGUCCCCAUGAUCAAAUGGCGCUUCCCUCAAUCAAAAAUAUUGUUUUAUUGUCACUUCCCGCAACAACUGGUUACUCCGAACAGGUUCUUUUUGUACAGGUGGUAUUCCAACAUAGUCGGAUUAAUCGAAGAGAAGAUGUUUCAAAGUGCAGACACUAUUAUGGUCAAUAGUAAAUUCACCGGUAAGUGUAUUUUGCAAAUCUAUUUCAACUCAAAAAUUCCAUAUUUCAUAACAAAUCUCUCUUUAGCCGCCAACUUCAAACAAGUCAUGCCAUCGGUGCCGGCAGAUAAGAUCGAGGUGGUGUAUCCACCAUGCGACGUCGACUCGACCUCUUGUGGAAUGACGCAAGCCAUCAGCCGGAGGAACCGAGCUCAGAAUUCUCAUUUCACCUUUCUCUCCAUGAACAGAUUUUGGCCAGAGAAACGCUUGGAUAUUAUUGUAGAGGCAGCAGCCAUUCUUAGGGACCGGGGUUUUCAGCCCAAAGUCCAAUUGGCUGGAUCUGUUAUGCCUCAUAUCCCCGAAUCCAGAAUUUAUUACGAGGAAUUGCAGAAGAUGGUCGAGAGUUACCAUCUGGAGGGUACGGUAGAAUUCGUCCCCUCUCCCACAGAAGCCGAGAAGUUUAAACUCUACAGAGAAUGUGAUUCCGCGCUAUAUACACCUCCCAACGAACAUUUCGGUAUUGUCCCGAUUGAAGCAUUGGAACAGAGAAGACCGGUGAUUGUAAUUGACAGUGGAGGACCUUCAGAGACGGUGAUUGAAGGGAUCACAGGGACAAAGAUUGCCGAGCCAGAUGGUCUUCUUUUGGCUGAAGCUAUGAUGAUGCACAUGAACAAAGGAGAGUGGGAGCAUUUGGAUGAUGACCUAAAAUACGCCAAACAGGUAAGAACUUGAUACAUUUAUUUAAUCAAUUAUGUGAAUAUCUAUUAUUACUUUAAUUCUCAACUUUAGAGAGAACGUUUUGUUAGAGAAUUCAGCGCUCAGGGAUUCGGAGGACGAAUCGAUGACGCCGUUUCCAAGAUGUUCCCUGAAUAUAUUCCGGUGGCCGCCCUGACCAAAGCCCGUUCAGACGUUGUAGUUUCCAAAAUCCCCAAAGCCCCAGAAUUGAGGCGACGUGCCAACAACGCCUAA